AUGUUCGAAGAAACCAUUAGUAAAGACAAUAUACUACCUGAAUUUGAAGUUAUCUAUAAUUUUGAUGAAUAUAAAAGUUUUUUAGAUAUUAAUAAUGAUUUAAAUAUUGAUAACAAUUUAGAUAGUAAUAAUUUAAGUAAAGAUAUUAACUUAAAUAAGGAUGAUAAUUUAAAUGAUAAUAAUUCAAGUAAAGAUGAUAAUUUAAAUGAAGAUGAUGAUGAUCUUAUG